ACUAACAAGGAGGGACAUGAAACCUGUCUGAUGAUUUAUAUGGCACAACCCCAUGAUCUUUAAUGAUGCCUAGAUUUCAAUUUCAGCCUCUUUGUAGCCAGCUCUACAAAAUGCUUCAUUUUUUCAUCCUAAUGGUUAACAUUUCAAAGUGCAGCUCAGAUAAUGCAGACAUUGUGGCUCAGAAUCAUCUGAAGAUUGUACAAGCUGGAGACAGUGUUAACUUUGCCUGUAUUUUUCCAAAAGAGCCAAAAACUGGUGCUGUUUGGGUCAAACAAAGAGUUGGAGAGAAACCCCUUUCAAUUGCUUCAUCAUAUCAAGGUUUACCUGGCAAAUUUGAAAAUGACUUUGACCAACAUAAGCGCUUUUUUUUUGUAAAAGAUGAUAGCAGUUUUAAUCUGAGCAUCACAAACACAGAAGAAUUGGACACUGCAACAUACUAUUGCGUUAAACAUUUUUUUACGUUUACUUUUGGAGAUGUAACUGAUCUUAUUGUAAAAGAUGCACAACUGAACAUACAGUCUAACCAUCAGAGAGCUGCGACAGAUCCAGUGCAUCCAGAAGACUCUGCAGUGGUGCUGCAGUGCACUGUCUUCACUCAGAGCUGUGCAGGAGAACACAACGUCUACUCCACUGCACACAAAUGUAUCUACGACCUGCCCAAGAGGAACCUCAGUCUCUCUGAUGCUGGGAUUUACUACUGCGCUGUGGCUGCAUGUGGAGAGAUACUGUUUGGAGACACAAGAAAAGUUGACUUACCCGACAAAUGCUUCCAGACACACUGGACUACAGCUGCAUUGAUUAUAAUAACUUUAUCUGUGAUCGUGAUUAUCAUUAUGGGUGCACAGUUGUACAAGUACCGGCAAAAAGAUAAAAUGCAUAACACUCAGCAUGGUCAGUUGGUGGCUGAUGAUGCAGAUGCUUUGAAUUAUGCAGCUUUGAGACUUCAACAAAAGCCCUCAACCUCUAGGAGACCCAUAGAGAGAAAAUCACAAGACAAUUCAAUAUAUGCACAAGUGAGAUAUCAAUAAAUGUAAUUGCAAUUGAAAAGUAUUCAGAGGUUUCUAUUUGGAAGCCCUAAAAUUUAGAAGUUAAAGUUCUUAGACACACACACACACACACACACACACACACACACACACACACACACACACACACACACACACACACACAACUACACUUAUUUCUACAUGUUCUUCCAGCCAAUAACUGCAUUCGCCAGUGAGGUGUUUGGUUUCUCUUGGUGUACCACUUAGUGGUAAAGUAUGUCAAACUGAAUUUUUAAUUAUUAGCCUAUAAUAGAAGUUAUAAAUUUCAUAAACCCAUGAAAUCAGAGUACCAGUGUUUGUUUUUAUUGGAUAUUUAACCAUUACCUUAAUUUUUGUAUAUGUAUACAUAAAUAUACACACUUAUGUGGCAUAUAUUGGUACAUACAUUUCUGUCUAAUAGUAACAUUAUGUUUAAGAAGCUGUUGUGUAAAUGACAUAUUAUAUUAACAAAAUGUGCUGAAAUUGUGUUUAAUCACUGUCCGUGGUACUGAAAUACCAUUCUUUAGUCAUACUGCUUUUGUAAUGUAAUAGCAUUACUUGAUUAGAUAGUAAAUCUAUCUAGAAAUUGAUGACAUGCUUGUUCACGAAGAGAUGACAUUACAUUAAUAAACUGCCCAUGUAUUUAAAGUGUGACACAAGCAUGUGCAUUUCCCAUGUGCAAUUUAUUCAGUAAUAGACUGUACUAAUAGCUCAUCUUGACCUUUGACCCAUGUAGAUCAUGGUUCAAAAUUAUUUUUUCUUUUUUUUUUUUCAUUUUACACACUGUAGAUAACUAGCGUACAGCAAUUAUUUCAUAAUUGACUUCGACCAUUUUCAGAAACCAUAUUGUAACAGUCUUUUUACAUGCAAAUAUAAAAGAUGAGGACUGAGAUUACUGUUUACGCGCAGGUAAUGGUUAAUGUCCAAUUAACUCUUCACAUAAAUAAUGUUUAGAAAAUGUAUGUUUUUGUUUGAUUGUUCUAAAUUGUACCUUUUCAUAUUCUAACUAUUAAAUAGCAAUACUUUUGCUGUAUGCA